GCAGGCCAAGUCCGAUUCAAUAACAUUCGUGUCGCGCCCGCGCCAAAAUAAUAAAACAACGAUAGAGUAUAUAAUAUUUUAAUAAAUUAAUAUGUCAACGUGCUAGUGAUACAUAUUGCAGUCUCUGUUGCUACUACAGCCCCUAAUUCUGUUGCUGCCGUUGCGAUCGUAACCCACAAAAAGAUGCCGUCGACAGCGAUCAUCGUGGUAGCAGCUCUCAUGUCAUUUUCAGGCGGUGCCGUGCAUGGUGGCGUGGCCAAGCGGUGGACGCCCGAUGUGGACUUCGAAGCGCCGCGCAACUGGGACGCGGGACAUGUCCCUUCGUCCGUGGACGUGGCUGUGUUCCAGGAGGACACCUUGGUCCCGGUGGUGGUGCCGGCCGCCGGCGUCGACGUGUGCGAGAUCGUGUUUCCCGUCAAUGGUCAGCUGAUCUUGGAGCCCAACGCCCGCGUCGUCAUCUCCGCGUCGUCCCAAGAGAUGGGUGGUUGCAUGGGACAGACUGUGAUGUUCAAACGAAACGCCCCGAUGGAAUGGGUGGAUCCGGACAACUGGUCGAAUGAAAAUAUUAACAUAGCAACGCCCCACGUGGAACGGAUACCGUGCGUUCACGACACCGUCGUGUUCAACCCUGGCCACUCGUUUUCGGUAGUCGUGCCCGACGUUCCUAUCACCAUUGGAUCAAUGAAGUUUGGGAAUCAAACAUUCGGUCAAAAUGAAUUGAACGAAUUUCUUUUGUCGGACAUCGGCGACCAAGAGCUGAAGAGUUCUUCCGCCGACAACGAUGUGUCCAUUACAUUGACGUCGACGCUCUGCGAAGACAAUACAGGAUGUGAAUGCGGUACUCAACAACUUUUGGAUCAAGUAUGCAAAGUGGCUUCAAAACGCUGUGUCAGUAAAUUGGGUUGCAUAAGUCCAGUAAAACCAAUCGGCCAUUGUUGUUGGACUUGUGGAGCAUAUUUUUUAAUUAAUUAUAACCCAAAUAAUUUUAUAAGUGAACAAUUCAACGAAGAACUUAAAAAGGACAUAGCAAAAUUAAACUCAACGUUUGAAGAACAUCAAUUAUCUUACUACAUGAGUAAACUGUUGAACGGAAAAAUCCAAGUCGUAUUGGCUAGUAAUACAAAAUAUGUGGACGAAAUAAAUGAAAUAGCUAACACCAUACACUCGUUGCUAACUUCUUAUCGGGGCGUGACGGAUGUGAAAAUGUUCAACUCGGGGCUGUCGUAUGACGCUGACGGGAUGACAUACGGUCAAAUAGCCCUAACCACAUGCAUCGUCAUCUUUUCCUGCAUGUUGGCAAUUAUGUUUUACUACAACAAAGACUGGAAAUCGCUAUUGUCGGGUUCCAGGUCUAGUACUGGUGCUGUGUUUGUAAAAUUCAAAAACGAUACCAACGAUGCAGUAGAACUAAUCGACGAAGAUGUUCGAUUGCAACGUAAGACUUCAUUCGACAACCCCACUUACGGAGCCGUGGAGAGUAUGAAAAAAUCACAGACGUUUAGAAAAAUGCAUUCGUAUUCGGAUCUAUCUGUUUCGACGACAAAAAGUGAAGCUAUGGAUGUUGAAAUGAAAGAAACUUGCGAACAAAAGUAACCAUAUUACGAAUCUACCAAAUACCUAUGUAUGCAUGUACGUUUAGUAUUAUUAAUAAUAUUCCGUAUAAGUAUAACAAAUCAUAAUAAUAUUCUAUUCUUUAACAUUUAUGCUUAUAAUAAUUGAAUCCAUCCAAAUCGAAUAUGAAUUAGACUCGUGUUAUGUUUUGACCAUUU